UUUAUGACUGCAUCAUCUUCACAUUCCCUUCCUCUCCCCUUCCCAGAAACCCUCACACUCCCACAGCUCUCAUCACUUUCCCUCUUCCCUCUCUCUCUCUCUCAAACCCUAGAGAGAGAGAAUGGGAAACUGCUGCCCUCAACCUGUUUCCAGCAACACCACCAGACCCUCAAGCCCUGACCACGACGAUCCUCCGCCGGCGGCGAUUCCGCCCAGCGGCUCGAUCCAAACUCCGAAUCUGAAAAUGUUCCCCUUCGCCGAGCUGAGAAGCGCCACGAGGAAUUUUCGGCCGGACACGGUGCUCGGAGAAGGAGGCUUCGGGAGGGUUUUCAAAGGAUAUAUCGACGCCGAAACCCUAGCGCCGUCGCGCGUCGGGGUAGGAAUGCCCGUCGCCGUCAAGAAAUCCAAUCCCGACAGCGAACAAGGCCUCAAGGAAUGGCAGGCUGAGGUCAAAUUCUUGGGAAAAUUCAGCCAUCCUAAUCUUGUGAAAUUGUUGGGUUAUUGUUGGGAGGAAAGGCAGUUUCUCCUUGUUUAUGAAUACAUGCAGAGGGGAAGCUUAGAAAGUCACCUAUUCAGAAGUAAUGGAGGUGAGCAAAUUCCAUGGGACAUUAGGAUUAAAAUAGCUACAGGAGCAGCAAGAGGACUAGCAGUCUUGCACACUACUGAAAAAACAGUCAUUUAUAGAGAUUUCAAGGCCUCCAACAUUUUACUCGAUGGGGAAUUCAAUGCAAAGCUUUCCGACUUUGGACUUGCUAAAUUAGGACCAGUCGAUGGCAAUUCACAUGUAACAACCAAGGUUGUGGGCACUUAUGGCUAUGCUGCACCUGAGUAUAUAGCUACAGGCCAUGUGUAUGUGAAGAGUGAUGUCUAUGGUUUCGGGGUGGUGUUGUUGGAAAUAAUAACGGGCCUACGGGUCCUAGAUCCGAACCGGCCACCUGGGCAGAUUAAUUUGAUUGAAUGGGCCCGGCCCUCACUAUCCGACAAAAAGAAGCUCAACAAAUUAAUGGAUCCACGUCUUGAAGACGAGUACCCACCAAAGGCCGCAUUUGCAACCGCGGAGCUCAUACUAAAAUGUAUCGAGGCGGACCCAAAAUGCCGGCCCGACAUGGAGGAGGUUUUGCGAAAUUUGGAAGAGAUCGGCCGCAUUAAAGGGAGGCCCAAGAAACAAAGAGGCCAUCAACACCGGCUUCCGUCACCACACCACCACCCAAGUGGCGGAGGCAGAGGUGGCGCGGCCCGACAAAAUGGAAAGGCGACCCGGAGUUACUAGCGAUUUUUUUUAUGUCGGGCUGGGCGUGUAACACGGGCCUACAUUUUUGUUGGCAUUGGGCCCGAAUUGGAGGCCUAGUAUUAGAUGUUGUGCUAUUUGUAAUUGUAGUGAUUUAUCAUUAUAAUUAUCAAUAUCUUAUACUAGCUAUUUUUAUUAUUGAA